AUGAACAUCAAUUUCAGAGCACAACCUGAGCUUCAGCUGAUGCACAGAGAAAGCACAAGGCCAGGGCCAAAGGAGGCCUUAUACGGGAAAGGAACUUACUUUGUUUGUAGACACUCCCCACACCCCAAGACUGUGUGCCAUAUGAAAGGAUUAAAUGAUGUACCUGUCUGUGUUGUGAAAGAUCGAGGAUACAGCGAUGCGUCCUACAGUUUCUCAGGGCCAGAAUACAGUCAGUUUCGUAGGCAAGCUGGAAUGAAUGCCGAUACUUUUCCCAACAACCCUCUGCCAAGUCUGGUACCAAUCGUACCCAGACCAAAAGUUGCAGAUCUUAUGAGAGAUGGAAUUACAGAGUUCACAAAAAGAGCAGAAAACACCCCACUGUUAAAGAGAAGGGAUGACCCUUUGAGGAAUUAUAUUGGAGACCAGCCACAAAGCAGGAGUGUCCAGGAGCGCCAUCUUGUAUCUGCCCAAGCAAUGCCUCACAGACCAGAAAACCUGGAGAACAUGAAUUAUAGUCCAAGUCACCUGGAGCAGGAAAUAAAGAUUCUCGAAAAGCUUCGUGAUAUUUUACAGACAGACUCCCUUGCAGAGAUCCAAGAGUGGUUGGCAAAGGCAAGUCCAAAAGAGAAGGAGUUUGUGUCAAACUUCAUACACUCAGAUAUGACCAGCCAAGAUCUGCUGCAUUAUCAGCAAAGGACAUCCGACAAAAAUGAAGCAGAGAAGGUGAAUUUGCAGGAUAUGUUGAAGAUCCAAAAAGUAAUUCAAAAAGGAUCACCAGAAGACAACCAUCAGUUCAGGACUCCAAGCAAAGGCGCACAACCACACAACCGAUCCCAAGCCGAGCAGCAAAGAGAUCACUUGCUCACAAGUCAAGAAAAAAUCAGAAUUCCAACUUCUGACAGUGUGUAUGUAAAGCAUUCCCCCAGUAAGUCUGUGAAUCAGGAAAGUAGUGCCCACUCGCCUGCAAUAGCACAAACCAGCAGCCAGUUGCUGUACAGCCGGUCUCGCUCUAGGCGAUCCCAUCCUAGUUAG